AUAAUAACAAUAAUAAUUUCCUAAGUUGAAAGAUUCAAGAAUACGACAACAACUUAUAAAUAAUAAAUAAUUUCCUAAGUUGAGAUGAGAAAAGCAGAGACAAUACCAAUUAAUUUUGCUGUGAAAUUUACGUAAAGGAAUAAAGGGCAUUUAGAUUGAAUGUACCGACAAUCACCUCCCUAAUUUCAAUUCUGCUUCUCUCAUGGCAACUCUGGCCAUGCCCCCACGUGUCGUCUUCUCACUUGCUCCUUUGCUUCUAUAUAUAUGAAACCCAUUCGUGGUUCAUUCAUUAUUCACUACCAAACAGAAACAGAGACAGACAACAGAGUGUGUAGCUAUGUCGUCGGCGGAGACAGUUCCAGAGUCGCCGGAAUCUGAUUUGACCCAUAUCAAUUUCGAUGAAACUGAGCUCACCUUGGGGCUUCCCGGAGCCGAGUUCCGCCCAACUCAGCCAAACAAAGCGUAUCACAAACCUAAUGCUAAUAGACGUGCUUUCCAUGAGGCUGGUGAUGCCGGAGCCGGGAACUCCACAAGGAAAAAGCCGGCAGCCAUGGGUUGGCCGCCGGUGAGAUCAUACAGAAAAAAGACAACAGAAAUGAACUAUAAGUACGUUAAAGUUGCUGCAGAUGGGGCGCCGUAUUUGCGUAAGCUCGACCUUCAGAUGUUCAAUGGCUAUCACCAACUGUUCAAGGCAUUCCAGGGAUUGUUCCCCUCCUAUCCAAUAUGUUGCAACCAUUUGAACCCAGUGAAGAGAGCAGAUGAAUACUUACCAACUUACGAAGAUAAAGAUGGGGAUUGGAUGUUAGUUGGAGACGUCCCUUGGAAAUUCUUCAUUGAAUCUUGCAAACGUAUUCGUUUGAUGAAAGGCUCAGAUGGAAAUGGCAAUGGCAUAGGUUUUCUUCCCUUCAUUUGUUCCAUUUUUAUUAUCCAAAUUAACAAAGGCACUUGGCAUUGUUAACUUCUGAGUUUGUUUUUCACUUUUAUGCAGCUCCCAGAGCCCCAUAGAGAGGAGGAAGGUCAAGGCUUUGGAUGGCCAGUUUUUUCAUUUUUAAUUCGUUAAACUUGGGUUGAGGAUAUGAUCGUAGUUAUGGGCUUGCUUGAAUGCUAUUAGGCCUUAAGAUGUUGUAUAGUUGUUAACUUGAUCACAGGUGGAGUGAUCAAAUACUAAUGGGUCAUUGUCAUGUUCAAA